AUUGCAAAAUACAAAUUCUCUUCAAGUUGUCCACGAUUACUUUGUAAAUUGUAAGAUGACACCAUGCAUUCAAAAGUCAAUGCCUUUAAAACUUGCUGAAUUGAUCAAUACAAUGCAUUGAAGUGAUAAAAUAACUUUCAAUUUUAGUAUAUUGAAAGACAGUGAAUAAUGACAAUGUUAUGUGCCUGUGUCGUGUUUUGUGUGAGCUUCGGCUUUAUCCAGACUGUUCCUAUAACUUAUAAUGAACCUUAUGAAGUAAACGAAGAUUACUUGAACUCUGAUUACAAUGCGAUAGUGAGAGCUGCGCGCAAUUUGAUGCUAAACCCAGCCUCUGAGUCUCUGCUACCGUUAGGAGAUGCAAGCCAUUUAGAGGACACAGGGAUAUUUCAACAUAAUGACGUCAUUCGCCUGCCCACGGUACCAACUGUACCUUCUGGAGAUUUUUUCGUCAUGCCACAGAUCCCAUACAUCGAUGACAGAAAUGUUCUACCAUAUGUUUUAAACGCAGACAAUCUACAGUCGUGGAGAAACCAGUACUUGCAGACACCUUACAUUGAUCAACCUAACUACGAAACAGGAUCAAUGAACCUUGAAUCAAGCCCAUAUGAGGUAGAUUUAUAUCCUGUGGUUCAUACAAGUUUAUCGGCAGCGCUGAACCCGGUACCCGCUAUUCACACAUUACCUCCAGUUUAUUCGACACACAUUCACGAAACCAUUCCGUCCUUGGAAGAAAGAGGGGACUACGACUUAGACGUGCUGAAUCCUGAAAACUCAGAGCUUUCCGUACCGAACUUGCGGAUAAGUCGUUCGAGAACAGGGGAUUACAUGGACGAGUUGAGACAUGAGGCCAUUAUGAGCAAUAUUCUGCCGACGAUGCCUGUGCCGUAUGUACGAGGUACUGAACACUAUGAACUGCCACAACGGGAGCAUUUUCAAAGACCACUGAUAGGGGUUUAUCCCAACGGUGCCGCGAAUGACUGCGCUCUACCCUUGCUUUUCAACUGCUCUCCUGGUGUCGUCCGUGGCACAAUGUCUGAUGCAUACCCAGAUUACGUACGUUCUGGAUUAUCAGAGACAUCUUACAGGCAAAGAAGAUACAACCCGGAAAAUAAGCAUCCAAUAAAACGAGAUAGUAAUAAACUAAUGAGUAUCUUACUGUAAAUAUGUACGUUACGUAUUCUGUGUCUCAAUAAACAGUUUAUUUGUAAA